CAUGGCCACGUGAAUAUUUUUUGCGACAACGAAAAAGCGGCGAAAAUCCAGCAAAAAAGUAUUUUCGCGACAAUGUUAGGUUUAAUUCGUAAUUUAAGCUUUAGUUUUAGUCGAAAUUGCGUGAAAAACAUUCGUUUAUGUGAAAAUCCCAUCGAAAAGCGACAAAUUUGCACGUCAUUUAUUUUGGCGAAGAAAAAAUCUGAAUUAAAGCGUCGUUUGAAGGCGGAACAAAAAGAAAAGGAAAAAGCUGAAAAGGAAGCUCAAAAGAAAGAUGCCCCUGCCAAGCCAGAAGCUGCGAAAAAGGAAGCUGCUGUCGCAAAACCAAAAGAAGAUGACUUUUCGCCCAAUGAAUACUUCAAAUAUCGCAGUAACAUCGUGACGGAGCUCAAAAAAUCGAAGGAAACGCAUCCAUACCCGCACAAAUUUCAUGUUUCGAUAUCGCUGGAGGAGUUUAUCAACACGUACAAUGGCUUGCCCGAUGGCACGGUCAAAGAAGAAAUUACGUUGUCGGUUGCGGGACGCGUUCAUUCCAUCCGCGAGUCGGGUGCGAAGCUAAUUUUCUACGAUUUGCGCGGCGAAGGCGUCAAAUUGCAAGUUAUGGCGACUGCUGGCAGGUACGAAAAUGAAAAUUCCUUCGCCGAAGACACGGAUAAGGUGCGUCGUGGCGAUAUAAUUGGCAUUGUAGGUCAUCCGGGAAAGACUAAGAAGGGAGAAUUGUCAGUAAUUCCCAAAAAAAUCACUUUAUUGUCGCCCUGCUUGCAUAUGUUGCCUCACAUGCACUACGGAUUGAAGGAUAAGGAGACGCGUUUCCGUCAGCGGUACUUGGAUUUGAUAAUUAACGGGCGAGUGCGUGAAAUUUUCCACAUAAGAGCUAAAAUCGUGUCGUACAUCCGGCAUUUCCUCGAUCAAAUGGGAUUUUUGGAGGUAGAGACCCCCAUGAUGAACAUGAUCGCAGGCGGCGCUACUGCCAAACCCUUCAUUACGCAUCAUAACGACCUCAAUAUGGACUUGUAUAUGCGAAUCGCGCCCGAACUUUACUUGAAAAUGCUCGUUGUUGGCGGUUUGGAUCGCGUUUACGAGGUAGGACGUCAAUUCCGUAACGAAGGCAUCGAUUUGACGCACAAUCCGGAGUUCACGACGUGCGAAUUUUACAUGGCCUAUGCGGAUUACAACGAUUUAAUCGAAAUCACGGAGAAAAUGGUGUCGGGAAUGGUCAAAAGUAUUCAUGGCACGUACAAAAUCAAGUAUCAUCCGAAUGGCCCCGAAGGCGAAGAAGUCGAAAUUGACUUUACGCCGCCUUUUAGACGUGUUUCGAUGAUUUCCACACUCGAAGAGAAGCUCGGCGUUAAAUUCCCGGCACCCGAAAACUUCUAUUCCAAGGAAACGAAUGAAUUUUUGGAUGCUCUUGCCAAAAAACACAACGUCGAAUGCCCGAAUCCACGAACAACAGCUCGAUUACUCGAUAAAUUAGUCGGAGAUUUCAUCGAAGAGGAGUGCAUUAAUCCAACUUUCAUCUGCGAUCACCCGGAAAUUAUGAGUCCUUUGUCCAAAUAUCAUCGUAGCAUCCCCGGAUUGACGGAACGUUUUGAACUGUUCGUCAUGAAGAAGGAAAUUGCGAACGCUUAUACGGAAUUGAACGAUCCGCAAGUGCAGCGUGAGCGAUUUGAGCAACAAGCGAAGGAUAAAGCUGCGGGAGAUGACGAAGCUCAAUUAGUUGAUGAGAAUUUCUGUACGUCUUUGGAAUAUGGAUUGCCUCCGACAGGCGGAUGGGGAUUCGGUGUCGAUCGGUUUACGAUGUUCUUGACGGAUAAUAACAAUAUUAAGGAAGUUUUGUUGUUCCCGGCGAUGAGGCCUGAUGAUCCAACCAAGGGACAACAGGAAGAAGGAGAAGGUGCCAAACAAGAACCGGCGAAGUAAUUGCAAAAAAAAAACGUUAUUUAUUGUCGUCAUUCAGUGCUUUAACUCAAAAAAUAAUAAAAUAUCAAUUGAAA